AUGACAAAAUCAUUCGAAUUUCGUCAAAUUCUUGCUGCAAGUUAUCAUUGUAAGAGAUGUAAAGAGGAUUUUAAAUGUACAAAAAAAAUAUCAGCGAAGCAACGAAAAGAACUUAUGGACGCGGAUAAAAUAUGUAAUCUUUGUGAAAAACAACAUAUUCGUUGUGGAGACAAUAAAUGUGUAAAUUGCUGUAAAAAGUUUAAUAUUUGUAACAAUCCGAGAAAAUGUGAUCACUGCAUAGAACUUGAAGUUGAAUGUGAAUAUACAUUUCCACGAACGCAAGAAGAAUUCGAGAAAUAUUCUUCAAGUUUAAAGUAUAUAGCACAUCAGUUUGAAUCAUUAGAAGGAGUAGUGUAUAAUCAAGCACAUUUAAUGUUUGAUAAAAAAAUGACUAUGAGUUCAGUUAAAAAACUAUUUGAUGAUGAUGAAAUAUAUUUCCCUCCUAAAGAACGCGCAAGAGAUGAUUCACUUUCCAAUCGAGAAUAUUCGAAAAAAAGACAUAAUCGAUGUAAAUUGCAUCAUAAUCCAUAUGAUAAAAAAACAUUUUGUAAAUGUAGUUUAUCCGAUCCAAAUGAUUGUAGUGGAUGUAAACAUUGUACUAAAGAAUGUUACCAACAUAAACAUUUAGCCCGCUGGAGGGAUACUUCAGAUAUUGUUGGACCUUUUGAAUUCGGUGAAUGGAGGUAUCUCAAAGGUUCAAAUGAAAAUCAAGAAUGCGAAGAAAUUAAUGAAAUGAAAUUGUUAGAUAUGAAACGUACUGAAAGGAUAAUUAAUGAAGAUAUUCCUAUUAAACAAAUAGUAGAAAAUCCUGGUGAACUUUUACCACGAGGAUGGAUUAAAAGUUUACAAGCCAAAGAAUAUUUAGAAAAAAAACAAUUAGAAUAUAAGGAUAAAAUUAUUCCAGAAAAAAAAUUUUAUCCGAAAAAUUUUUUCUUUUAUGGUGAUUCUGGACCCGGAAAAUCUUCUUUAAUGAGGUAUUUAGCUAAUGCAUUAUCUAAGGGUCGUCCAAUUUGCACUAAAGCUAGAGACUCUGAAUAUAUUGAUGAGUAUAAGAAUCAAGUGUGUAUUAUGAAAGAUGAAUUAACUCAUGACUCAUUUAAUUUCGAGGAUUUAAUGAAUUGUUGUGAAAAAGAUAAAGUAGAGAUUAAACAAAGGAAUAAAAAACCUAUUAACAUAGUUUCAAAGUUUAACUUGUUUACGGCUCAGGAUUCUCUUAUCGAAAUAUUUUGUAGUAAAUGCAAAAACAAAGGAAAAUGUGAUGCUAUUUUUAGAAGGUUCACAAAAACUCAUGCAUAUACACAUGGUUACAUAAUUAAACUUGAAGGACGAUAUGUAGAUGGCUGUGUAAAAUUUACUAUCGAAUCUGAUGAUGUUAAUCAACCAGGAGGGAUUAUAUGUGACGUUGAUUACAAUGAAAAUAGUUUUUGGGUAUACAAUAAAUAUUGGACUGGCGAUUUACCUGAUAAUUUAAUUUAUCCAGAAAAUUCAGAGAAGAUUAAUAAAAAAUUACGUGAAAAAUUACUUAAAACUAUGGCAAGAAAACCUUCUCAAAAAAAUGGUACUGAAACUAGCAUUCCUAACAAAAGCCUAGAAAAAAAUCUUAUUGCAACUGAAGAAAAUAAUUUUAACAAAAAUGUUCCCGAAGAAGGGUGUUUUAUGGAAGAAAAUAACUCUAAUAUCAUUAACGAAGAACAAAGGCAAAUUCAAACCAAUCAAGAGGAGAUGAAUUUGAACAAAAAACGUUCUCUUGAAGAAAAUAAAGAAUUGGAAGUAAAUAAGGAGUCGGAUUUAGAUAGACAUGUUGAUAAAAAAAACAAGAAAUAG